GCGAGCUCGCACGCGGCGAGGCGCGACCGACACCCGGGGAGAAAACAGAGGCGUGUCGAUCGCGCGCGUCGCGAGCGACUCCUUCGAGCGCGCGCGGCGGGACGCGGCGACCGGGACGCGCGGGCGGCGGUAAACUCCGGCGCGCAAUUGCUCGCGCGGUAUAAUAAAUCCGACUCAAACGUCGCGCGAUCGAUUAUCCGAACGUCGCGCCGGAGACCGCCGCGCGCGCGUCGUUCGCGGGAGCACGCGCGGAAAUGGCGCCGCCCGCCGCGAGAACGGCGAAUCGACCGCACGCCGUGGGUAGUCUCGGCGGGAACAUGCACGCGCCGAGCACGAGCGCGCGCGCGGACGCGAAGGAAGAACAUACAAAUAAGAUGAAGGCGACCGGGCGGCAAAAAGCCGACAUCGCCGCGGACACCCUCCGCGCGCUCGCGACGACGGCGACGACGUACAAGCCGUCGCCGUCGAAGAGCGCGGCGAAAGACGCGACGCCGACGUCGAAGCCGGCGAUGCCGCCGAUCGCGCCCGCGCCGAGCGCGUUCGCCCCGGGCGCGUUCCCGGCCUUCCCGCCGCUCGGCGCGAUGCCGCCCGGCGCCGCGCCUCCGCACGGCGGGUUCCCGAUCGGCCUCGCCGCAGCCGCCGCCGCGAUGCAGCAGCAGCAGCAGCAGCAGCAGCAGAGGCCGCCGCCGCCGGGCGACGCGUCGCAGCAGCAGCAGCAGCAGCAGCAGCAGCAGCAGCAGCAGCAGCAGCAGCAGCAGCAGCAGCAGUGGAACGCGUUGCUGCAGUACUACGCGUGCUACUCGUACUACCUCUGCAACGGCGCGCCGCCCAGACCGGGGACGACGGGGGGCGCUGGCGCCGCGGCGGGCGGCGCCGGGAAGAUGAUGAUGCCGGGCGGGUUUCCGAUGUUGAACCACCUGAACCCGGCCGCGAUGGCGGCGGCCGCGGCGGCGAUGCAGCACCCGCCGCCGUUGAUCCACGCCCCGACGCACUCCGCGCGGGGCGGGAAGGGCGCGUAUGGGAUGAAACGCGAGCGCGCGAGCAGCGGAAGCGACGAAGACAGCGGCUCGGGCAGCGCCGGCGGAGGGUCGAAACGGAAACGACGCGGGAGCGGGAACGAGUGCAAGACGUGCGUGAACUGCGGCGCGACGCAGACGCCGUUCUGGAGGAAAGAGAGGACCGGCGGCGGGUCGCUGUGCAACGCGUGCGGGCUGUAUCUCGCGAAGAACGAUGCGCCGAGGCCGGCGAUGUUGUGGAGGAGAGGGGGCGGCGGCGACGUCGCGACGACGACGGCGACGACGACGGCGGCAACGGCGGAGACGGCGACGGCGCCCGCGGAGACGGCGCCCGCGGAGACGGCGCCGGACGCCACGGCGAAGGUGGACGCGCCCGUCGCCGCGGACGCCCCGGCGGCGACGGACGCGCCCGCGCCCGUCGCCGCGGCGACGACUGAGGAGACGGAGAAGGUGCCUCUCCCGGACGGUCCGACGAAGCCCGUCGUCGCCGCUCCGGGGACGCCGCCGUCGCCGAAGCCGCUGUAA